AUGGAACCCUGGCUGAGGAAUUUACUGGUUCUUGCUACAUUUUUUUAUGGUAAGAUAAUAUUACUUUCCUUAUUUGUUUACUGCCUUUGCUCCAAGCCCUUUAUGCUUUCAAAUAUAUCUUUCAGUUUUAUACUACUCCUACUAAUUUUAUACAUUUUAAUUCCCGCUAUCAUAUUGCUUAUCUUCUCUCUCCCCUAAUACAAAUGUAUGUCAAUUUCCAGAAUGCAGAGGAGAAGACUCAGUCACUCAGCCACCAGGAGAUGUGAUCACUACUGAGGGAGGACAAGUCACAUUGGACUGUCAAUUUGAGACUUCAGUUUCUACAAGUCUAAAUCUGUUCUGGUACAAGUAUGAAGCAAAUGACUUCCCGAGGUUUAUGCUGGGCCGUUCUUCUUUUGGAAGUAAAAAUGGAACUGAUUUUGAGGAUAGAUUUGAUGCCCAUCUCGAUACAGACUCCAAAUCAGUCCCCUUGACGAUCCAGAGGGUGCAGCUAUCUGACUCUGCUGUGUACUACUGUGCUCUGAAGCCCACUGUGACAACAGGAUAUACAGCCCCCUUACAAAAUCAUACUGAGCUACACAAUGACAAUACACCUGUCUGUACAAUAUACAACACCACUCUGAAAUUGACAUAGUAACCUUCUCACUACCUUCCUGAUACUACCAAGACGAGUGGUAGCAGAUGAUGAUAAUCAUAGUGAUGAUGAUGAUGAUGAUGAUGAUGAUGUUGAUGAUGCAGUAAGUCAUUUUGGAUGACAAUAAAGCUACCUCUUACAAUAAAGCUCUAAAUGUAGAUGUAAGAGACAUUACAAUCCUAUUACAAUAUCUAAUGGUUUUGAAAAUAGACCAUUUCUUUUGUUUUCUUAUAGAAUAGCCCAGUGUUACAAGAUGAAUUUAGAAAAUGCAAUACUGUGUUGUGUACAGAGUAAUGGAAAAGCCAGCAUCAACCACAAGGUGACCACAUUACCAAGUGAGUGUUGCUUUCUACUCUGAAAUGACUUGUCUAUUUGAACAUCCCCUCUGUUCUAUGCUGCAUGGUCUAGGCCUGUGCUGCUACAAAGACAGGAAUCAAGAGAGCACACCAGUUUCUAUAUUGUAACAUCAGUUUGUCUUGGUCUUUGUAUCCUAUGAUAAUAUGAUUGGCUGUGGACCUCUGUUGUUAUCGCUGCACAAAGGUAUUUGUGGUAACUUUACGAGGAUUAUCCACACGCGUUUCAAUGUUCAUUGCCUUUACUUGCAAACUACAAAAUAAAGGGUUACAGUCAUGUACAAACAGUAGAAAACAGGAGAGCAAUAUACCCAACUCAACAUGAGGUAGUGUCCCGUUAAUUCGGUGCCAACUCUGGGUGAUGACAUCACAGGAGGGUAAAGGUCACUGUCAACACCAAUGUCCAUAAUAACCAUAAUCCCAUGAAUAGCAAUAAUACUAUACUGCAGUUAAGUAUACCACCUAUUCAGUAGGAAUUAUUUAUAUAGUGUCCACACUAUAACAAUAUUCUUAUUUGUUUCCAGAGUGCAGAGGAGCAGACAGUGUUACUCAGUCAAAGAGAAAAGAGACUGAUUAUGAAGGGGAAGAUGUGUCUCUCAACUUUGAGUAUAACACCAGUUUAUCAGCUCCAUCUCCACAAACGAUUACCCUGAAUAUGUUUUGUGGAAGGAUGUCAUUGGACCAGGGGAUUCUGAUGAUAGACUCAAGUGGAGAUUUGAUGCCCAUCUCAAUUCCAUCAUAAAUCAGUCCACUUGA